GCGUUUAAAAUGUAUUUAAGUUCAAUAUCAUACUUUACUCACCCCCACUCUUUCCGUGUCCCGUGCCAUGCUUACUAGCAUGAUCGCCAGCGUUGUAAAGAGCGUGUUGGUUCAGCUGCCACGCUGUUGCUAUGCUUCAUGGCAUGAAUGAGUAAAAUGUGUGACAGUGGUGAGUUUCAUGAGGGGCAACCUCAGCAGAACGUCAUUUGCAUUAAGCAGCAUCGCGAUUGGCUGAACCUGUGGCACAUGGUGAGUUGCAAUUAAGGAUUACAUCAGUGUUGCGUCUAGCCAAGAAGCUCAGACACGCAGUCCUCGACAAACUUUUUUGGCAAUGGGUUACAGUAUGUGGGGUCAGCUGCUUGCAUGUAUUUUUGAUAAACAGAGCUUUUUGCAGGUUGCCAAAUUUGGCCCAUAAUCCUCGCCAUUGUGUUUGUGUGCUACUGUAUCCAGUGAUGCCGGUAACGCCUUACUCCAAAACGGUGACGCCUUACUCCAAAACGGUGACGUCAUAAAUAAAUAACGCGUUACUUCAUAUAUUAUAGUAGUCAGAUUACAGUUACUUUGAUUGAGUUGUCAAUAGUUACUUUUUUGUUUACGAGAACCAGAUCUUAAUAUGCUCUUGAUAUUAAAAUUUGCUAUUUAUGCUGAGGCCACAGAUAGUGAUCAUUAGCAAACUACAGUGGUUGGGAACAUGAGGCAAGUCAGUAACCAAGACACUUGAUUCAGUCAUGGUCCACGUCAUAAGUGUUUUAGUAAUGGCUUAUAAAACAGACGAACCACACUAUAUUCUUAACUAUCCAUAACUCAAAUGCACACAACGACGAACUACAAUAUCGAAAAAAGGCGAAAUAUUUAUAAACGGAGCCGUCUGGGGUAAUGACGUCACCUGACGUGUUUCACGUUUUCCGGACAUAGUCAACUCACGUGUACCCAAGCAGCCAGCGGCGCAAACACAAUGGACGGUGACGAGGGAUUGGCAUACUUAAACUGGAAAUACAGUCACUACUUCGAGUUUCUCUAAAGAGUACAAUACUAAGCUCCUGUGGCAGGCUGCACUUCCUCUUUGGUGUCGUCUUCUCUUCCUCCAUGCUCCAUAGACCGCAGCCACUCCGCCGCGAGAUGCUAAAGGACAGUAUCUGUUUGACCUCAUCUGCCACCACCUCAACUUGCUGGAGAAAGAUUAUUUUGGCAUCAGAUAUGUAGACCCCGACAAGCAGCGGCACUGGUUGGAGUUAACAAGGUCUAUUGCUAAGCAAAUGAAAUCUCAGCCUCCAUUCACCAUGUGUCUGCGUGUCAAGUUCUACCCUCCUGAUCCAGCUGCUCUCAAGGAGGAAAUUACUCGAUAUCUCGUCUUCCUGCAAAUCAAAAGGGACCUUUACCACGGCCGCCUCCUGUGCAAAACCUCGGACGCCGCUUUGCUGGCUGCCUACAUCCUUCAAGCUGAGAUCGGGAAUUACGACCCUGGGAAGCAUCCUGAAGGUUACAGCUCGAAAUUCCAGUUCUUCCCCAAACACUCAGAGAAACUGGAGCGGCGGAUCGCAGACAUACACAAGACAGAACUGAUUGGACAGGCACCUGAAACCUCCGAGCGAAAUUUCCUGCAGAAAGCCCAGAUGCUGGAGACAUAUGGUGUUGAUCCACAUCCAUGCAAGGACGUGUCAGGAAACCCGGCUUUCCUUGCCUUCACGCCCUUUGGUUUUGUGGUCCUGCAGGGAAACAAGAGAGUGCAUUUCCUCAAAUGGAAUGAGGUGACCAAGCUCAAGUUCGAGGGCAAGACGUUCCACGUUUAUGCAAACCACAAGGAGGAAACAAAGAUCAUCCUGACAUACUUUGCACCCACACCGGAGGCAUGCAAGCACCUUUGGAAGUGUGGCGUGGAGAACCAAGCUUUCUAUAAGCUCGAGAAGUCAAGUCAGGUCCGGACGGUGUCCAGCAGCAAUUUGUUCUUUAAGGGCAGCCGCUUCCGUUACAGUGGGCGCGUGGCAAAAGAGGUGAUGGAGCAGAGUGCCAAAAUCAAACGAGAGCCUCCAGAAAUACACAGGGCUGGCCUGGUUCCCAGCAGGAGCUGUCCAUCUAUCACCCACGGGCCACGGCUCACAAGCGUUCCUCGCACACGGCGGAGAGCUGUGCACAUAUCAAUCAUGGAGGGCCUGGAGUCGCUCCGUGACAGCGCCCACUCCACCCCGGUGCGUUCGGUGUCCCACGGCGAGGCGUUCAUCUCGCGUUCGCGCAGCCAGGCCACGGAGGCCAGCGAGGGGACGGCGGUGAUUUCGGACGAGGCGUACAGCCCCUCAGACAGCGUCCUGCCGACGCCGGUGGCCGAGCACGGCGCGGAGCUGCCUGCCGCCCUGCGCCAAAUUAACGGUGCGCCGUGCAGCAUCGAGGAGGAGAAGGAGUCGGAGGCAGGGACCCCCAUGCGAGGGGGCGGGGGGGACUUUGGACGAGCACAAGAGGGCGACGCAGGGGCCCUCAGCGAGGUGGAACAGGUGAAUAAGUUCGUGUUGAGUGUCCUGCGUUUGCUCCUCGUCACCAUCGGGCUCCUCUUUGUCUUGCUCGUCCUCCUCAUCAUCCUCACCGAGUCCGACCUCGACGUGACGUUUUUACGUGACAUCCGCCGGACCCCCGAAUUCGAGCAGUUCCAUUACGAAUACUUUUGUCCCCUCAGGCGGUGGUUUGCCUGCAAGCUCCGCUGGGUGGGCGGGUUGCUCGUUAGCAAGUGAGGCGCUCGCGUUGGUAAAAAGGCCGCUCGGUGGGGGUCCGAGGAGACGCGAUGGAGGUGGCGCCCACGGGACUCGUCCUCCUCCCGCAGACAUGCAGCUUGGACCGCCCUGGCGACCCUGGGCCAGCUUCUCUCUCCCCCUCUCACACUUUGAGUUGUUACACCCAGCCCAACCUCACUUUCGCUUUUGUUCUCUCCUUUUUUCAUAUACCAAUCAUCCUUAACCCCCUUUUUUUGCCUUUUGUAAAAAACCAAAAUUCUGAGAACUUUCAGAGGGAUGAGCAUUGCCUUUAUGUGUUAUUUAUUAUUUUAAAGGUGCAUUUGCAUCAGACAAGGGGGAGAAAUGAGCACUACUAAAGGAUGCGUCAAACAGAAGUGAGUUAGCGGGGUACACUGAUACCCAUUUUUAUCAUCUUAACCGAUUUUUUAAAUGUGAGUUGCCUCUCACAGUGAGUUCUUACUGCUCUUUUUGGGGGAUUGAAUAUCAAAGUAUUGUUUUGGGGCCAUCUUUGUGCCAAGAAGUGAAGUAAGGGGAGGAGCUGCAUUUAGACAGGCCAUAGCUCUAUAUAAUAGAAAAGUAGCAUCUAUAGGCAAUUGUAAACCUUUUGGGGGCGGGGCGAGUCAGUUAAUUAUUCUCGCUGUUCCUGGCAGGCAAGGUAACAUGACAAGCAUAGCACGCCACACACACAACGAUAAUUUUACCAGCAAUCGUGAAACUCCACCCCCAAACCAAAUAUCUGUUGUAAUACCAACACUGAGAAGGAAGACAGCAAUCAAAACAAACGCAACCAAUUGCUCCCCUAUUUGUGUCCUGCAACAGCGUUAGCGUCAGCUAGCUUCCUAAUUGGCUAUCCAUUCCGGUUCGCGUCAAAAUGACGGAUUCAGUGGCUCGGCCCAACUCGCCGUUGACCACGCACCUAAGGAUUUGCAAUCGUAAAUAUUGAACUUCAAUAUCUUUCCGAUUUUCAGUCUAGAGUGUUUUGCGAGCAAGUCGGGGAGGAGAAUUCACUCUUGGCACACCCCACACCACAGGAUAAUAUUUUUGAGAUCCGAUAAUCGAGCCUUUGCUGACUUUGAUCACAAAGAAGGGAAAAUGUUCCAACUGCGUUCUACUGUCAUAUGCGUCUGCCCCGCUUUAGGUGGAGUAGACAGAGACAGGGACAUACUGUAUAGUAUAUGAUGUCGAAUAUAAAGUCACAGAAGGUUGAAGCUAAAUGAAGGUUCACGUGAAGGAGAGGAAUGCCUCGGUUUUGGUUUUUUUUUCGAAGAUGUGAAAAGAUGAUUAUUGCUGGUUUGAAUGAUUGUUUAAGAGGACACUUUAAUAGACAUAAAAGAUCUAAUUUUAGUAUUAUAAACAGCUAUGGCGAACAGAGUCACGUGACCUCGUAGAGUUAAGAGCAACGAAUAGAUAAUAGCCUAGAUAUGCAGUACAGAUGUAGAUGUGCAAUGCCCAUAAAGUACUUGUUGAAUGUGUUCCUUGGUUUCGCGCAUUCAUUUUCAUGACCUUGAGAUUCAAUGAAUUUCAAUUAUUUCUUAAGAUGAAGAUUUAUUUUGGUUUAAAGAUCAACCUUUAGGUUUAUGUAUCAUAUUCCUAGUAGAACAUAAGAUGAUGUACUUUUUUUGUACAAAAUGAGUUUGUUUCCUAAUAUAUUGACAGCGCCGAUGUAUAUUUUAACAGGACUCAAAUGUUAUUUUGUUAUUGAAGAUGAAAUUAUACUUUUUGUAGCGCCGUGGUUCAAGGGGCGACAGGAGCAUUGGCGGAGAAACAAAUGUGUAUGUUUCAAAUACACUUGUAAUGCCAAAAUACAUGAAUACCUUUCAUACAACCUUUUAAAACCAGAAGUUGUAAAAAAGAAUAAUACUAACUGACAGAUGUUAAAAUAAACAUUUUUCACAAUGUUAUAAAUUAGGUGCAUUAGAGGCAUGAUUCACAUUGUGAAAAAUGAAUAUAAAUAUAAAAUGUGCAUUGUACAUUUUUGACAUUUUAUAGUUUUAACUCAUGACUGCUUUUAGAACAUAUGGAGCAAAUAAUACAAACUCAACACAGUGGGGUCCAAUCAAUCGACUGUACAUUGUGCAAUGUUCUUCUCUAAAUUAUCCUGUGUAAGAAACCAGUAAUGCUAAUACAAUAUACAGUACAUGAACAGUGGAACCUCCAAAGUCGAGAACAAUGAGACUUUUUUUUUUUUUUUUUUUUUUUUUUUAAAUAGGAUAAUGAAAAUGAAAAAAAUGAAAAUCGGUUCCAGUUUCAUCAAACCCUCAUCAACUUGACAUUGGCAACUCUUAUACAAGUGUAAAGAAAAAAAAUGCUGCCUUUUCUGCAGCAUCAUCGAACUAUAUAAAACUAGAGAUGUACAUUGCGUUUAAGGAAGCGUUCAAGAGGACGACUUGCUGAUACCGCACGUUGAAACUUACUGUCAUACAAGUGGAAAAGGAACUUCAUUUUUCAUUGGAAAAUGGUUGAGGUGCUUUGAGAUACGAGUUGAAUUCAUUUCGUGACCAUGCCUGUAAAUCAAAACAAUCAUAUUUUAAGUCAUAUUUACCCAUUGAGAUGAAUGAAAAUGCCAUUGAUCCAUUCCAGCAUCCCCCAAAACAACAAGAAUUCCUGUAAUUUGUUUUUGAAUCAGGAGGAUAACCCACUAAAAUAUUGUCAUUUUUAUAUAUAAAAAAAACACCUAGCAAUAACAUAAUUGAAUGGCAUGUAAAUAAUUAAACUGCCAACAUCAUGAAUAAUUCAUUGCAGCAUCUCUGGUGAAUGUACCUUGGCCACCAGGGGCAGUAUAAUGCCGUCAUGCAGACAAACGAAGAAGAGAUUUACUCAACUACUGAGUGAGUCAAGUGAGUCAGUAAUCUGCAGUAAUAUUAGUCUUUUUUUUUUUUUUUUUACAGGGGAUAAAGAAUAUAUUCCUGUUAGUAUAGUGAAAUUGUUUGGCUACAUAUGUUGCUGCACAGUUUGUGCUCAAAUAUCUUGCUUAAAGCAUUAUAACGCCGCCACAUAGGUGCUAUUUAGUAGCCCAUCUAUGGCGUUUCCUAUUAUGCAUUACCAUUAAGCUUGCGGACUUUAAUGGUAAAGUUAUGGGGUUGUUUUAAAUAUGCAAAGUGUAAUUCGUUUUGUUUGUUUAAUUUGACAACAAACAAAACAACAGCUUGUAGCCUCUUUUUGGAAGAAUUGUUUACCAUCUGCCAAAUUGCUGCUUGUUGUGAAGUGCGUUCAAUUGAGUUGGCCGAAUGGCAACUCGUAUCUUGAAUACUUGUAAGUCGGGUCACUCCUAUCUCUCGACGUCACUGUAUGUGCAGUAAGUGCACCCAUCAGGGAAGGUGCUGCUACGCAGUUAUUUCCAUUCCAGACUGUAUUAAAUAACAAAGCUUGACUUGGCAGAAAUGAACAAUAAAAAAAAUAAAGAAAUACAUUUCAGCUUAUUUUUAGGAUAUUUUUGUCAUAAAUAAUGCAACCAAUAUUAUAGGACUCUUGAUAAUGUAAUUGCUCAGCGGGCUGGAGGAAAGGACGGCCAGUGGGCCAUAUUUUUGCCCACCCUUGAGGCAAACUGAGCUGAAGUCUCACGGGCUGACGUCAAUUGAGGCCGAUGCGGUUGUGCGGCUUUUGAGGCAUAUUUUUCCAGAUUUAUUAUUAUUAUUAUUAUUUUUUUAAUUGUGUCAUUUUCCAAAUUGUACGAACUUUACGGUGUUCGACUUUGGAGGUUUCGCUGACCAUGUGGUCUUCAGUGCGCUAGCGCUCAAACUCUUUGCAGCUCACAGAUGGAGCAAUAACUGUCAUUGCUCAUGGAUUUUGGCUUUUUAAAAAAAUUAUAUAUAUUUAACUGUGUUGUUGGACCGUGUGUGUCCGAGUUGAAAAAAAAUAAAAGUAAACGAUUGGGGGGGG